CUUCUCAUCUAAGUUUCGUUUAUUUUCAUUAAUUUUUCUCUCUCUGAAAUCUUCAUUCAGAGAAUGGCCCAUCACUGCAGAUCCAAAUCCCCAUUUUAUCUGCUUUUCAUUCUUCUUCCCACAACAUAAAAAUCACUUUUUGAUUUCCGUGCUCUUCUUGGCUCUCUCCUUUUUUGGUUCUACAUUUUUGCCUUCCUUUUUCUUCUUCUGCUUUUCUUUCUUCUCUCAAUGUGAGCUUCUUAUUCAUUUUUCCGUUUGAUUCCUUGCUUGUUUUUUUACUCUCUCUCUAAUGCACUUUUUUGUUCACCCAAGUGAUAUUUUUUUGUGGUUGAGCUUUUUAUUCCUUACCACUCUAUAAGGAUGCUUUUGGUUUCUAAUGUUUUUUACUUUUCUUUCUUUGUUUUUCUACUUCAAUUACGUUAUUGAAACAUGUCAAAUGAUUUUUAUUUAAAUCAUUUUCUUAUUUUUUCAGACUUUUUUUUUACUCAAUGUUUUGAGACUAAAUACUGGCUUAUACUUUUUUUCUCCUUCUUCUUCUUUCUCUAGAUUCAUUAUCCUAAUGGAUGUGAUUUGAUACUGUUUCACUUUGAUAGCUUUUUGCUCUUCUUUUUCAUUGCUUCAAUUUUAUGCUGUGGUUACCUCAACUCUUAUAAACUCUUCCAGCAUUAAUUAAUUUGGAGUUAAUUAUGUUUUAGGUUGAAGUUGAUCCUGUCUUCAUGACAAAAGAACCAUCUAAUUCAACCUAGCAAUUCUAUUUUUCUUGGCUUCCUUUGAAGUUAAGGGUACCAUGCUAUAUAUUGUUUGAUUCAAACCUCCUACAUUAUUAUUUAUGGCAUUAUUGGGAACAAAUGUGCAAUGUAAUGGAAAUUUUUCAAGAUACUAUUCAACAAAGGAGGUCAUGUUUAAUUCUGAAGGAAGCACAUGGACCUUAUCUAAUGUUAAUAAUGAACUAAGGACCGAUUGCUACAAUAUGAUGGGUCCCUUCCCAUUAACAUCACCUUGUACCCUUUUAGGCUACAACCAGGAGCUUGUAAAACAGACAAUACUCAGACAUGAAGCCAUAUUUAAGGACCAAAUUCGUGAGCUCCACCGCGUUUACCACAAACAGAGGGAAUUGAUGGAUGAAAUCCAAAGAAGUGAAUUACAUAAACAAAAUGUAAGAUUGGAGGCAUUGUGGUCUAGUUCAGCUUUGACAUCUAAAAACUCCGAAAAGAUAUGUUGUUUGCCGAACCUGCCCUGGUCAACCUCUCAAUCACCUGUUUUAUUUGCUGAAAGCAUCCAAUUGCCACUAGCCUUUGCUCAAGAAAAAAGCAGGCAAAUUUGUCCUCUGCAUGCUUUAACUGUAACUGAAGAAUCUUUAAAAGAGAAUAAACUAACAAAAUUCAAGUGCAGAAAAAUAGGUAAAGCUGAUGAGUACAUUGAUAGUGAUGAAGGUGAAGAUAGUGAAAGGGUUACUAGAGUUCCCCGGAAUUCAGCUUAUUCUUUAAAUGGAGUUUCUCGGGUUUUGUACAACAGUCAUGACAAAACACACGGAAAUCAUUCUAGGGGUUUUUCCAACUUAAGUGUACCAUAUAAGCUUGACUUAAAUGUACCAUUUAACCCUGAAGUAGAGACAACUGCUAAGUCUUAUGAUAUCGAAGCCCCUACACAUCAUAUGAACAAUUGUUGUAAUGAUCUGUCAAUGAGAACAAAAUUUGGAUCUCAAAAUUUGCACAAUGAUGCCAUCAACAAAAGACUUGAUCUUGAAGGAUGCUCACAUAACAAACUUCCAAACAAUGGGAAGAAAUGUGAAUGGAAACCCUCAGAGCUAUGUGGUGGUUUGUUGGAUUCUUUUGCUAAAAGUAUUCAUACAGAAAAGCAAUAUGUUACAGUUGAUUCAUUAAGAAAGAAUAUGAAUCAAUUUGAUGACCUUCCAUUUUUUCAUUCAUCUCAUCAAAUUGACCAAAGACUUUGUACAGAGAGAAAAUUUUUUGGCAGUGAGAGCUUUGCACGAACUCAAUCUCUGACAAGUAAUGGUUUGGUUGGGGCAAUGGAGUUACCUUGCCUUAAAGAAUUACCUGCAGUCAAAGGAAAACUCAGUGAAGAAAGUAAAAUCUCAACACAAAUUGAAUCUGUUGUUUUAAAUCCUAAUAAUAAAGGAGUUAUACAUGGUUUGAAAUUAAGGAAGAUUGAGGAAAGUAACUUGGGUACAGAGAAGACUCUUGCACUUCAGAGCAACGGAAAGCCGCACAUGUCAUCCAAUCUGCAUUCUUUUUUCCAAAACCAACCCGAAAAUCAAAGGAUUGAAGAAAUUGAAAAAGGCUUCAUUUCUGAUGUAAAGUCACCUUGUAUUGAUGUGUCUGACUUAAGGGAACAGAUUCCCUCCAGUGAGCAUUUGAUUAAAAAUGAGAAGAAGCAUGAACAUUUGGCAGAUAUUAUUGACCUAAAUUCAAGCAUGAUUGAGGAUGAGAAUAUGCCAAUUGAUGUUGAUUUUCAUGCACCCGCGAGUCCAGAGAACAAGGAAUGCUCUCCACCUAGAGGAGAAUCCGAUGAAAACCAGCUCGUGACACCCUUUCAAUUUGCAGAACAAGAGCAAACCAGAAUUGCAGCAGAGGCUUUGGUUUCCAUAUCAGGAUUUGUGUCCCAGAAAGAUAUCCAAAUGACAACUUGUUCAUCGUCUGAAUCUUUCAUGAAUAGUCCUCUACACUGGUUUGCUGGAAUUGUUUCCACAACAGUGGAUAAUCCAGAGAACGAUAACAAGACAGAUUUCAAAGGUAAGGUAAAUGAUCUCGAGGAGUUUCUUUUUGGCGAAAUGGAUUACUUUGAGUUCAUGACCUUAAAUUUAACCGAGACAAAGGACCUAGAUUGCUGCUGCAAGAGUAUAAGCCAAACCAAGCAAAUUAGUGGAUCAGCUUCACCAACUCAACCAAAGAAGCGUGCCCGGACAAAUAAGGGAAGGUGGCGAAAGGAUUUUCAGAGUGAAAUCCUCCCAAGCCUUGCUUCUUUGUCAAGGUACGAGGUGGCUGAGGAUCUUCAAACUAUUGAAAGCCUUGUAACUCAUUCAGAGACAAGUUCUCAAAGAAAUGCAAGUAGAAAAGUACUAAGUAGGGGGAGAAGAAGAUCUUGUACUUCAACAACUUCUAACACUACAGACACAGACUUGUUGAACUUGAAACAGCUAACUAGUAUCACUAAAAAGGGCUUAAUAAGUUGGGGAAAGACAUGUAAAAAGCGAAGGGGACGAAGAUUUCGAAUCACUAAUCCCCGGUUUAUUAUUUUUAGUUGAGUAUAUAACUAAUUCUAAGACUAUGUUAAUUGAUAUUGGAUCAGAUUUUUAUGAAGUGUAGGAUGAUUUGUAAAUGUCUUCAUAUAUAUAUAUAUAUGAUCAUUUGAGUAUA